AUGAUGCGCCAAAGCAUAGCCGCCCUCUCCGCGAGGCCAGCGGCGUCCCGGUGCCUCCAAGUCUCCCCCGCGGCGCGCAUCCUCAACCCAUCCAUCCGCUUACGCCCCUCCACGACAACAAGACCACAACCACCCGGCAAGACAGCAACCUCACAACGCACAAUCCAUUCGACAUCUCGCACCGGAUCCCGCUACGAACCCCUCCGCCCGCCGUCCCCCGCCUCCCUCGGCGCCCCGAAGCGCGCCCGCACAUACCCCAAGGGCCGCAAAUGGACCCGCCGCCUGCUCAUCCUCUCCGCCGCCGUCGGCACCGUCUACCUACUCGAUUCCCACAUCUACGCUUCCGGCCUCGGCCGCUCCCUCCGCACCUUCGGCACCGGCCUCCUCGUCGCCCUCGACUACAAGCUCAACUUCCGCCCCGUCCCGCUCACCGGCGGCUCCGUCCAGGACCUGCACCGCCGCAACGCCGAGCGCCUGUUCGACCUGCUGCGGCACAACGGCGGGCUGUACCUCAAGAUCGGCCAGGCCAUCGCCAUGCAGAGCGCCGUGCUCCCGCCCGAGUUCCAGAAGAUGUUCGCGCGCAUGUUUGACGACGCGCCGCAGGGCGAGUGGUCCGACGUCGAGGCCGUCAUCCGCGAGGACUUUGGCGGGCGCUCCGUCGAGGAGGUCUUCGGCGUCAGCUUCCGCGGCGAAGAAGGCAAGGGCCUGAUGGAGCGCCGCGCAAGAGCCAGCGCCAGCGUGGCGCAGGUGCACUGGGCGCGGCUGCCGGACGGCCGGGAGGUGGCGAUCAAGAUCCAGAAGCGCGAGAUCGCGAAGCAGAUCUCGUGGGACCUGUGGGCGUUCAAGACGGUCGCGUGGAUCUACAGCCGGUGGUUCGACCUGCCGCUGUACAGCCUCGUGCCCUUCAUCACGGAGCGGCUCGAGCUCGAGACGGACUUUGAGAACGAGGCCAAGAACUCGGAGACGAUGCGCGCGCUGAUCGACGGCGAGCGCAGCCUGCGCGGCCGCGUGUACGUGCCCAAGGUCUACCCGGAGCUGUCGACGAAGCGCGUCAUGACGACGGAGUGGAUCGAGGGCGUGCGGCUGUGGGACAAGCAGGGCAUCAACGGGCGCUGGCUCGGCGGGUACGGGAACGGGUCGCCGGGCGUCAAGGGCGCGACGACGCUGGACGCCCCCGACGCGGCGGCCGUGCGGCGGGAGCUGCGCGAGCGGCCGUACCGGGAGCAGCUGAAGCCCGAGCGCGGGGACAAGGAGGUGAUGACGACGAUGGUGGACCUGUUCUCGGCGCAGAUCUUCAAAUGGGGCGUGGUGCACUGCGACCCGCACCCGGGCAACAUCUUCAUCCGGCGGCUGCCGAGCGGGCGGGCGGAGCUGGUGCUGAUCGACCACGGGCUGUACGUGUACAUGACGCCGACGUUCCGGCACCAGUACGGGGUGUUCUGGAAGGCGCUGAUGACGUUCGACAACAAGACAAUCGAGCAGGUGACGGAGGCGUGGGGGAUCAAGGCGGCGGACCUGUUUGCGAGCGCGACGCUGAUGCGGCCGUACGAGGGUGGGGACGAGCGCACGCGCAACGGCAUCAUGAAGGAGCUCGAGGGCAAGACGCCGGCGGAGCGGCACUACGAGAUGCAGCAGCGGAUGAAGCAGGGCAUCCGCGACAUGCUGGCCGACGAGGAGAAGUGGCCCAAGGAGCUUAUUUUCAUUGGGAGGAACAUGCGCAUCGUGCAGGGGAAUAAUCAGUACCUCGGCAGCCCUGUGAACCGCGUCAAGAUGAUGGGCCAGUGGGCGUCGCGGAGCCUGUACGAGGACCCGAACCUGCCGUGGGCGAGACGGGUGGGCAACGCGUGGAGGCAUUUCGUGUUCAAGGGGGUGUUGGCGCUGACGGAUGUCGCGUUCUACUUUUUCAAGAUCAGGCAGUGGCUGGGCUUUGGUGGAGGCAUGGAAGACGAGAUGGAGAAGAGGAUGAAGGAUAUUGCGCAGGAUUUCGGUGUUGAGCUGCAGCAUGAGGUGUUUGAGGGGUAG